CAACCUUGAGGACAUACUCAAGGGGUGGGUGUGAGGUAGAGAGAAGGUUGGAGGUGUUGUGUGCCACAUGUGAGGGGAAAUGUUUGGAGUCUUGUCGUCACUGGUCAGCUCCCUGCAGCCGAGGCAGAGGCAGGGGCAGCCUCCUCAAAUGGGAUACACGCCGGAGGACUCCACACUUCCACUCCCCGCCAGAGGAGAGGAGAGGACGGCUCCCAGGAUGUAACACCGCCUCAAGAAAAACUCAUCUCCCGAAAUUAAAUAGCGCUCCAUUCACCAUUUCUUUAUUUUAAUUUUUUUACCCUCUCCUCAUUUUUGCAAUGGCACUUCUGUCCACAUCCGGGCCAAUAUGCCUUGAUUGCAUUAUUGUCUAAAACUGGCGGAGAGACUGAUAAAUCUCGCUCUUUCUCCCCCACCUAACGACUCCUUUUGUACGCGUCGUCAAGGCUGGAACAAAGAGGUGAUGUCUAACCAAGGAGUUCGGCGGAAUGGGCCCGUCAAGCUGCGAUUAACAGUCCUCUGUGCCAAAAACCUCGUCAAGAAGGAUUUUUUCCGCCUCCCUGAUCCUUUUGCCAAGGUGGUUGUGGAUGGUUCGGGGCAAUGCCACUCAACAGAUACUGUGAGAAACACACUUGACCCAAAGUGGAACCAACACUAUGAUCUAUACAUUGGAAAAUCAGAUUCUAUCACUAUCAGUGUGUGGAACCACAAGAAGAUACAUAAGAAACAAGGGGCUGGCUUCCUGGGAUGUGUUCGCCUUUUGUCCAAUGCUAUCAACCGCCUUAAAGACACGGGAUACCAGAGGCUAGACUUGAAUAAGCUGAGUCCAAAUGAUAGUGACACAGUCAGAGGCCAGAUAGUGGUAAGCUUACAGUCCAGGGACCGGAUAGGCACAGGAGGCCCAGUUGUAGACUGCAGUCGACUUUUUGACAAUGAUCUUCCAGAUGGCUGGGAGGAGAGGAGAACUGCAUCUGGACGUAUCCAAUACUUGAACCACAUCACACGGACCACACAGUGGGAGCGGCCGACCAGACCUGCAUCAGAGUACUCCAGUCCUGGGCGGCCACUUAGCUGCAUUGUGGAUGAAAACACUCCAAUUAGCACGAACGGUGCCACGCCUACUACGCCAUCGCAGCCAAAUGACUGUGACCAGCGGGCCCAGGAGAGGCGUGUUCGUUCCCAGAGGCACCGCAACUACAUGAGCAGAACACACCUGCAUACACCUCCAGACCUUCCAGAGGGCUAUGAACAGAGGACCACGCAGCAAGGCCAAGUGUACUUCCUUCACACUCAGACAGGUGUCAGCACAUGGCACGACCCCAGAGUACCCAGAGAUCUUAGUAAUGUGAACUGUGAGGAACUGGGUCCACUCCCUCCUGGAUGGGAGAUACGGAACACUGCCACAGGAAGAGUUUACUUUGUGGACCACAACAACAGAACCACGCAAUUCACUGAUCCACGUCUCUCUGCCAACCUGCAUCGAGUCCUUAAUCCAAGCCCAAAUGGCUCACGAGGAGGCAUUGAAAGUCAGAAUGUGAGUCGGCAGAACCAGCUAAAGGAUCAGGUCCAGCAGGCUCUGGUAUCCACAGGUCAGCUCCCAGAAGAGGCGGAGUGUCUCACAGUACCCAAGUACAAGAGAGACCUAGUCCAGAAACUCAAGAUCCUCAGACAGGAACUGUCUCAGCAGCAACCACAGGCUGGGCAUUGUCGCAUCGAAGUGUCCCGUGAAGAAAUAUUUGAGGAAUCCUAUAGACAAGUGAUGAAGAUGAGGCCUAAGGACCUGUGGAAAAGGCUAAUGGUAAAAUUUCGGGGUGAAGAAGGACUUGACUAUGGAGGAGUGGCCAGGGAGUGGCUCUAUCUCCUAUCACAUGAGAUGUUGAACCCGUACUAUGGCCUGUUUCAGUACUCGCGUGAUGACAUCUACACUCUACAGAUUAACCCGGACUCUGCAGUCAACCCUGAGCACUUGUCGUACUUCCACUUUGUGGGCCGUAUCAUGGGGAUGGCAGUGUUUCAUGGCCACUACAUUGAUGGAGGCUUUACCUUACCCUUCUACAAACAGCUACUAGGUAAACCUAUUACGCUGGAUGACAUGGAGUCUGUAGACCCGGACCUGCACAACAGUCUUGUCUGGAUCCUGGACAAUGAUAUCACAGGAGUGUUGGACCACACCUUCUGUGUAGAACACAAUGCCUACGGAGAGAUCAUCCAACAUGAGCUCAAGCCCAAUGGAAAGAGCAUCCCUGUCACGCAGGACACCAAAAAAGAAUAUGUCCGCCUGUACGUCAACUGGCGCUUUCUGCGAGGCAUCGAAGCUCAGUUUCUUGCGCUGCAGAAAGGUUUUAAUGAAGUCAUCCCCCAGCACCUAUUAAAGGCCUUUGAUGAGAAAGAGCUAGAGCUGAUCGUAUGUGGUCUAGGUAAAAUUGACAUCAAUGACUGGAAGUCCAAUACGAGGCUCAAACAUUGCACCCCAGACAGUAACAUUGUAAAGUGGUUCUGGAAAGCUGUGGAGUCCUUCGAUGAGGAGCGAAGAGCCCGUCUACUACAGUUUGUCACAGGUUCUUCCAGGGUUCCUCUGCAGGGCUUCAAGGCCCUCCAAGGUGCUGCUGGCCCUCGGCUAUUCACUAUCCACCAAAUUGAUGCCAACGCCAACAAUCUCCCCAAAGCCCAUACUUGUUUCAACCGGAUCGACAUUCCCCCCUAUGAAAGUUAUGACAAACUAUAUGACAAGUUACUCACUGCCAUUGAGGAGACAUGUGGCUUUGCUGUGGAGUGAGUCUGACGAUGCACAGCACAACAACCUGCAGAAGCCCCAUGAUUUUUUUUUACACACACACGGACCACUCUGGUCUUUUUAUUAUUGAAAAAAACUCUGCAGCUGCUAAUAACUCAGACUAUUUACUAACUCGUGGAACAUGCAGGAUUUGCUGGCUCUUCCUCUUUUUUUCUACGUUCAAUCAAGCAUUUAAAAAAAUAACUAUUCCAUGUAGCAAGGAUCACUCUGAACCAACAAAUGCAUAUACAAGGAGUGGUGCGUAGUACAGGGUAAUUGAUGGUUACUGUAACCACUUGGAAACAUUCAUUCUCAAUAUGGAGUGUGCCUUGGACUGAUUAGAUGGGAGCGAGUGGUAAUGCUGCAUGUGCGGAUGUGACAAUGAGACUGAACUUGGCAGCCUUAUUUCCAUCUCUUUCCAAAGACUGCAUCAAGGAACCCCAGGAGUUGCUGCACAAGCUGCAUUCCCAUCAUCACUCAUUGUCACCUAGUUUGUUUGAACAUGAAUAUGUGAACAAAGCGCUUGCAAUGUAGUAUUUUUAUAUAAGAGGGGAAAUGGAAGCGAUUGAGUACAUUUCUAAUAUAUCUAAUUUAUUGCUAAAAUAUAUCAAGUCUCCCUGUUUUCAUUGUUUCAGAAAAUUACAAAGUGUUACUGUCUAAAUUAGAAACGGAAUUACUAAGAAAACUGAUUGAUUACAGUAUUUUGGUUUAUUUAAAACGCUUAUAAUCUUUAACAGAUGUUAUAUAGGCUUGCAAACUUUACACACACAUGAUUAGCCGCUUUUAGAUAUAAAUAGCGCUACAUUAACGUACGAUUUGGCCCUCAUUUUACACUGAAUGUGCCGGAUCAUGCUGUCAGACAUACAGAUUGAGGAGUGAACAAAAAAAAAAAGAUUGAAAAAGGCAUGACCUCAAAAACAAGGUUUAUUUACGAAAAAAAUAAUGUAUAAAAAAAAUAACGCACUGUCCCAUUUACAUGUUUAUCCAGUCCUCCUGUCGGACUUAACUGUCUUUCCGGUUUGCCAUCUUGAACGUUUCUAUGUUCCUUGCUUACUGCCUGUCAAAAGUUGUUGUUCCGUAUUAUGGUGAAGAAAAAGAAAACGUCAAGUACUCCGGCAUGCGCUCUAGUUGUAUGAUAUCUAUGUCAUCAACCUGUGCGUCUGAAGCAAAACAUUACCGUUUGUAUUCAGACAACAACGCCUACUGCAAUUGGUUCCGGGAUUCUCAAUAGGAAGCUAGACAGCAAAUUACCAUGUACUGUAAUGUCAGAGUAAAGUAAUUGCAGUCACACAUUAACGUAAUUCGUUCAAACACCAUCACAUUACCAGACUUCAGGGCAUGUCUAAUAGGGGCUAUAGAUCCGUCAUUGUUGAAUCAUGAUAACACUGAGCAGACCCUUUAAAAUCUACUGAUAUAAUUAUGUAGCUAAACAUGUUUUGUUUGUAUUUUUCACCUAAUUGUCAAGUAACUCAAUCUUAAUUGGGUUGUAAGCAUGACUUCGAAUAUUUGCUUUUGUUCUUAGUGCCCAAAGGCCUAGAUAGCGUCAGCAUUUAUCUUUGGCAUCCAUAUGGAGUACAGGCCAAAAGUUUGGACACACCUCAUUCAAUGCAAUACAAAUUAUGGUCCGAACGCUAUUGAAAAAAACAAGAAAUUCCACUUAUUAACCCUGAUAAGGCAUACUUGUGAUGUGAAAACCUUAUCAGGUGACUGCAUCUUGAAGCUCAUCGAGAGAGUGCCAAAAGUAUGCAAAAAAAAGUAAUCAGGGCAAAGGGUGGAUACUUUAAAGAAAGAAUAUAAAACAUGUUUUCAGUUACAGUGGAGCAAAUAAGUAUUUAGUCAACCACCAAUUGUGCAAGUUCUCCUACUUGAAAAGAUUGGAGAAGCCUGCAAUUGUCAACACGGGUAAACCUCAACCAUGAGAGACAGAAUAUGGAAAAAAACAAAAUCACAUUGUUUGAUUUUUAAAGAAUUUAUUUCCAAAUUGGAGUGGAAAAUAAGUAUUUGGUCACCUACAAACAAGCAAGAUUUCUGGCUGUCAAAGAGGUCUAACUUCUUCUAACGAGACUCCACUCGUUACCUGUAUUAAUGACAUGUUUUAACUCAAAAUCGGUAUAAAAGACACCUGUCCACAAUCUCAGUCAGUCACACACCAAACUCCACUAUGGCCAAGACCAAAGAGCUGUCGAAGGAAACCAGAGACAAAAUUGUAGACCUGCACCAGGCUGGGAAGACUGAAUCUGCAAUAGGUAAAACGCUUGGUGUGAAGAAAUCAACUGUAGGAGCAAUUAUUACAAAAUAGAAGACAUACAAGACCACUGAUAAUCUCCCUCGAUCUGGGGCUUCAUGCAAGAUCUCACCCCGUGGCGUCAAAAUGAUAACAAGAACGGUGAGCAAAAAUCCCAGAACCACACGGGGGGACCUAGUGAAUGACCUACAGAGAGCUGAGAUCCACGGUACCAAAGGCUACUAUCAGUAACGCAAUGCGCCGCUAGGGACUGAAAUCCUGCACUGCCAGACGUGUCCCCCUGCUGAAGAAAGUACACGUCCAGGCCCGUCUGCGGUUCGCUAGAGAGCAUUUGGAUGAUCCAGAAGAGGACUAGGAGAAUGUGUUAGGGUCAGAGGAAACCAAAAUAGAACUUUUUGGUAGAAACACAGGUUCUCGUGUUUGGAGGAGAAAGAAUACUGAAAUGCAUCCGAAGAACACCAUACCCACUGUGAAGUAUGGGGGUGGAAACAUCAUGCUUCGGGGCUGUUUUUCUGCAAAGGGACCAGGACGACUGAUCUGUGUAAAGGAAAGAAUGAAUGGGGCCAUGUAUCGAGACGACAGCCCCAAAACAUCACUGCUCUCGAGGAGAUCUGCAUGGAGGAAUGGGCCAAAAUACCAGCAACAGUGUGUGAAAAGCUUAUGAAGAGUUACAGAAAACGUUUGGCCUCCGUUAUUGCCAACAAAGGGUACAUAACAAAGUAUUGAGAUGAACUUUUGGUAUUGACCAAAUACUUAUUUUCCACCAUGAUUUGCAAAUAAAUUAUUUAAAAGUCAAACAAUGUGAUUUUCUGUUGUUUUUUUUCCACAUUCUCUCAUGGUUGAGGUUUACCCAUGUUGACAAUUACAGGCCUCUCUAAUAUUUUCAAGUGGGAGAACUUGCACAAUUAGUGGUUGACUAAAUACUUAUGUGCCCCACUGUAUUUCACUUUUUUGUAGAGUAUGUAAUUCCAUUCAUAGUAUUGAUGUUUCCAAUGAAAAUUUACAAUGUAAAUAGUAAAGAAAAUAUAGAAAACGCACAAAUGAUGAGAUGUGUCAAAACUUUCGGCCUGUACUGUAGCUCCAAAUAAUAUAAUGACUGAUUUAUUUGUGAAGUCCACAUACAAUAUUAAUGCUUGUUAGUGUCCCCCCAUCCCAAAAAAAAACACAACAACAACCUUUUAACAAGAAUAAAAAAUGGCAACACUGAUAAGUUUAAUAAAUUUUGGAUUAGUUUUUCCUGUUUGUUUUUUAAAGAAGCAAAAUUUGAACAUUGUACCUUAAAUUGACUAAUUGUUGCAUACCUGAACACUUGCUCGGAACUUAGUUGAAUGGAAUGACACUCUGUUAUAUUGCAGAUAAUGUUCCAUUUGUUUUCUACUAUUGAACAUAAAAUUCUUGAAUGUUUUCUAAAAGAUGCUGCCUGUUUAGCAAUCUCUCUGACCGUGGACUGUUCUUAACAUUUGCAUCACACAAAAAAGUUAACUGUUAUGUUGUUCUUUAAAUGUAAACAUGUGAAUGCAAAGUGACAAGUGUCCUCACAAGGUGCUUUGUACAGUAAAAAUAUAUUGUUCAUAUGUGGAGUAAACAUCCUGUAAUUUAUGUUUAACUUAAUUAGAUACUGAUUUUGUCGAAUUUGGGGCAAAUGAGUUGCACAAAACCAGAGGGAGGUUGCUAUUGGUAUUGAAUGGUGACCUGCAGGGCAUAUUCACCCACUUAGAAGUCCAGUGCACAAGAAGAUAGAUGAUCACACUUCCGACACUAUGCUCAACGCCGCCUCAUUGCUGCCUCUCACUGAAGAAGUUGGCUUCUUCUCAAACCAGUUAGGAUCAAGAGAUGCACCCCUUGCCUUCCUGGAUUUGAUUUAUAGCAUGAUCCACUAGGACUAUUAUCUCUCCUAGCUGACUGAUGCAAUUUGAUGUAUGUUAACACUACCAUUUUGUAAGAGUAUUUUAUUUUUGUGUGUAAUUAGUUCUAAUUAAACUUGCCUUUGUCUAACAAUUUAAGACUUUGUACAAAUAUAAAAUCUUGUCUUUGGUUUCCCCUUUCCUGCUUUGCUUUUGUUGUUACUCCUUUCAGAUUUAAAUUGGAAAAACUGCCACACAGAAGAGUGAGUGCUCAAAUAUGCUGAUUAUUUACAUUUGAAAUGGAUUUUACUAACCACCCCCUGCGAAUUCUCUGAUACCCCUGAAGAUAAAGGUAUGGGAAAUUCCUCUGAGAUGUAAAAACAUGAGGCAGAAAAUAAUUUCUUUGCACAAAGUCUUGCAUGAGGGGAGUGAAAACCUUGUUAAAUAAUGGUAUGUUGACUUUAUAAAGCUUCUCUUUUGCUUUGAAUUACUUUUGGUGCGGUGUAGUGACACCCAGCAUAUUUAUAUAUUAUACAGCAUACGCAGGAGUGAAAGUGGGCCAGAACGGUCAGGAACGCAGUUCCGGUAUAAGAUUCAGGGCCGGAACGCAGUUCCGGUAUAAGAUUCAGGGCCAGAACCCUGUUCCGGUAUACGGUGCUUUGAUUCCGAAAAUAUGACCGCAACUGUCAAAACGCUAUGUAAAAAAAAAUAUAUAAAUACAAGGCUGCCACACAUGCAUUUUAUUUCCAAGAAGAAAGCAAUCUACCAACAUCCGAUUUACAUAAGUGUUAACAACAAGCAUAAUAAAGGGCUUGUGUAGCGUAAUCCGUAUCCUCCGAUAUUUAUUAUUUAUUUUAUUCCACGGACAGCAUGGAGGUUUCCCCAGCUGCUGCAGUUAUCUGAGUCUGACGAUGACGAGUCACGUCAACGUGCGAAUGCACGCAGCAAAGCAAAACGGCUGGACUCAUUUAUCUGUUCAAUUGGCUGACAUACUGAAAUGUGAUCACCAGAGAAGGUUCUCGCUGAUUGGUUCAAAUGUGAAAUUUUUUCUGAAACGGGGGGGGGGCAUGUUGAAUUGAUGCAACAAAAAAAAGACAAAAAGAGCAAGGCAAGAGUUGAGAAGGCUUAUUUAUCAUAUUUAGUUUUAUUUGCUCUGAUGGGGAGGUUCAGAACAUCUUUAUUAUUAAAAAACAAAAAGUAAAUGCUUACAGUAACUUCAAUUUUGAUAGUUUAGCAUUUAGCAUGUGAGGA